AUGAUUUCAUUUAUGUCUCGGAAGAAGAAAUUUCGAUUUCAAAUCAACCUGAAUGUGGAAGAUAUAUCGUCUGUACCGUUCGUUAGUGGUGUGUUGUUCGCUAAGAUACGACUACAUGAUGGCGGCAAUUUCUGUGAAUUCGGUAACAGAGAAGAAGUAAGAAAUAAUAGAGUCAUCUGGAAUUCCAAGUUUCAGUUUCCAUGUAAAAUGACAGCCAAUGUCAAUACUGGUAUACUGGAACCCUGUGUCUGUAGGGUGUCAGUCAGGAGGGAGUUAAAAGGAGGGCGGUCUCACCAUAAAUUAGGGUUUGCUGAUAUAAACCUUGCUGAGUUUCCUGGGUCAGGACCUCAGUCUCGGAGAUAUUUACUGGAAGGGUAUGACACCAAACAUAGACAAGAUAAUUCUAAUAUUAAAGUUACUAUUGAAGUUUGCUUGAUAUCAGGAGACCCUGUCUUUAAAGUGUAA